AUGAAGAGUGGGAAAUCAUCAUCAUCAUCAUCAUCAUCAUCCAAAGCAUCAUCAUCAUCAUCAUCAUCAUCAUCAUCCAAAGCAUCAUCAUCAUCAUCAUUAUCAUCAUCAUCAUCAUCCAAAGCAUCAUCAUCAUCAUCAGCAUCAUCAUCAUCAUCAUCCAAAGCAUCAUCAUCAUCAUCAUCCAAAUCAUCAUCAUCAUCAUCCAAAGCAUCAUCAUCAUCAUCAUUAUUAUCAUCAUCAUCAUCCAAAGCAUCAUCAUCAUUAUCAUCAUCAUCAUCCAAAGCAUCAUCAUCAUCAUCAUUAUCAUCAUCAUCAUCAUCCAAAGCAUCAUCAUCAUCAUCAUCAUCAUCAUCCAAAGCAUCAUCAUCAUCAUCAUCAUCAUCAUCAUCAGCAUCAUCAUCAUCAUCAUCAUCAUCCAAAGCAUCAUCAUCAUCAUCAUCAUCAUCCAAAGCAUCAUCAUCAUCAUCAUCAUCAUCAUCAUCAUCCAAAGCAUCAUCAUCAUCAUCAUCAUCAUCCAAAGCAUCAUCAUCAUCAUCAUCAUCAUCAUCAUCAUCAUCAUCAGCAUCAUCAUCAUCAUCAUCAUCAUCAUCAUCAUCAUCAUCAUCAUCAGAAAUAACGUUCGUUUUAAUUUAUUCUAAAACAAACAUUGAAAUCAAUCAAUUUUUAAUAAAACAAAAAAAUAAAAAUAAUCACUAUGUAUUUCAUUGA